UUUUUUUUUUUUCCUUCCUUUUUUUUUAUUGUAACUUUUGUGAUCAUGGCUGCUGUUGCUGCUCAAAUCUCCAAGAAGAGAAAGUUCGUCGCUGAUGGUGUGUUCUACGCCGAAUUGAAUGAAUACCUUACUCGUGAACUUGCCGAAGAUGGUUACGCUGGUGUCGAAGUUCGAGUUACUCCUGCUCGUACUGAAAUCAUCAUUCGUGCCACUCAUACUCAAAAUGUUCUUGGUGAAAAGGGUCGCCGUAUCCGAGAAUUGACAACACUUGUGCAAAAGCGAUUCAAGUUUAGCGAAAAUGCGGUUGAAUUGUAUGCCGAACGAGUUCAAAACCGAGGUUUGUGUGCCAUUGCACAAUGUGAAUCUGUCAAGUUCAAGUUACUCAAUGGUUUGGCUGUGCGUCGUGCCUGUUACGGUGUUGUGCGCUUUGUGAUGGAAUCUGGUGCUAAGGGUUGUGAAGUGGUUGUGUCUGGUAAGCUCCGUGCUGCUCGUGCCAAGGCUAUGAAGUUCAGUGAUGGUUUCAUGAUCCACUCUGGUCAACCUACCCGUGAUUUCAUCACCACUGCUGUUCGUCACGUUCUUUUGCGUCAAGGUGUUCUCGGUAUCAAGGUCAAGAUCAUGUUGGACAAUGACCCCACUGGUCGUCAAGGCCCCAAGCAAACCUUGCCUGACAUUGUCACCAUCUUGGAACCCAAGGAAGAAUCUACCAUUGAAGUCCCCACUGCCCAAGAAUUCGGUGUUCCUGCUCCUGUUGAACCUGUGGCUACUCAAUAAAGCAAACUCUUUUUUUUUUUUUAUCAACUUGUAUUCAAUCAAAAUUCUCAUAUCUUCUUGUUAAUAAAAAAAAAAUUAUAUUCUUCU